UUUCACUCGGUUUUUUAAAAUUAAAUAUUAAAAAAACCCUUUAUUUAUAAACAAUAUCAUCGCACAAACGAGGCCGGAAAAAAUUGUUAUUUUGAGAAGAUAUUAUCUGACCUUUUCAAAAUAAAAACUUUUUACUGAUUUAUCUUAAAAAUGCAUGGUCUUUUUGGUGGUCAUCACAAUAAACAUCAUGGAGGGCAUCAUGGAGGGCAUCAUGGAGGUCACCAUGGGGAUCAUCACAUGGCAUACCCUGUGCACACUAACACUUCAUAUUGUAUUCCCAAUCAACCAGUUGGUGUUAAUCAAGCAUAUAUGCCACCUCAACAAUACAACAUUCCUCAAAAUAUACCUGCUUAUCCCCAAGGUAGUGGUUAUCCAGCACCAGGAGCUAGUUAUCCUUCACCACAAAAUGCUUAUUUUCCACAAGGGGCCAAUCCAUCUUAUGGAGUAGGUCCCCCUCCUGCAUACUCAAAUAUGCCUCCAGCUCAGCCUAUGUACUAUCCACAACAGCAAAGUGGCGCUUAUGAUCCUGCAGCUAGAUUUGGCAAAGGAUCAAGCUAUAAUAUUCCUCCACCUCCACCUGGUGUUGCACCAAAUGCUGCUCAAAUAGCAGCUGCUCAAGGUCAGAAUGUUACAAUGCAUCAGCAAUCAGCUGAUUGGGUGAGUGGUCCACCUGGAGGUGGAACUACCUUUUGGUAAAUUAAAAAACACACUUUUAAGAGAAACAUUUGCACCUGUAAAAUAAA